GCUAAUCUGGGAGUAAUGUUGGGUGUGUAUUUACCAACAAUACAGCACAUCCUUGGUGUGACAAUGUUUAUCAGACUAGCCUGGGUUGUUGGAAUUGCGGGUAUCAGAGACACAAUGCUUCUGCUCCUUCUCUGUUGCUUAUGCAUGGAGAUUAAUUUGCAGACGCUGCUAACAAGCAUUUCGCUCUCAGCUGUCGCCACAAACGGAGUAGUUGAGAGCGGUGGAGCAUAUUUUAUGAUAUCACGCAAUUUGGGAGCUGAAUUUGGCAGUGCUGUUGGCAUACUGUUCUAUUUAGCGAAUACUGUAGCUGCAUCGAUGUAUUUGGUUGGCGGAGUUGAGGUUAUGCUGGUGAGCACAUUUCAUGCACUUAUGCUUUCCAUGAUUGCUAUUCUGCUUAUACGAAGAAAACGAGCCGCUUUUCCACGUUCCAAGGAAUGUUACCGAAUCAUUUGUGUUGGACGAAGCCUGGAAAAAGCAAAGUUGAAACUCCCAAAAAAUCAUCCUCUACAGGAGAAAGUCAAUCAGAAGUUGCUCGAAUAG